UUUCGAUUUGAAUAUUUCUGAGUCCUUUCACCAGAGGAUGAGUGGAACGAUGAGAGAUUCAGGAUGCAUUAUCUAGUAUAAAAAUCUUUGCAACAAAACUACUUGUAAUACUUGUGAGAAAGCAAAGAUGUUCCGAGCGUUGAAUUACGGACUUGCGACACUUCUGCUCAUAUUUGCUUACAUACUAGAUGCAGUAUCAGGAUCAGAAGUAAUCAAAAAUGGAUUUGAAAAGUUCAAGUCUAUUCCCAUACAAUCGUGUACGAUUCCUGAAUCAGAAGAGCACUACUACACUUCAUUCGAUGGGUCAAAAAGAUUACAUCCAAAAAAAGACAUAGUGGAAGGAAACGGACAGCACGCUGUCAAGGUCAAAUGUAGAGAUUCAUCGAAACAAAGCAAAGCAGCAGAUCUUGCAGUUUGUUUUGACGGUAAAUGGUAUCCGAGUGAUCACGAAUGCGUGUCUAGAACCUGCCACCCAGUUCAAAACACAACUUCCACCAACUAUACAUGUACUUCACCUGAAGGUAGUCACAUCAGUUGUGAUCAGUAUGUUCCAAGCAACACCCAAAUCACAAUCCAGUGUUCUCAUUGGAGAUACGCAAACCCCAACGGAAACCAGAAUAAGAAGUUGUGUUUGAAUGGGAUAUGGGAGAAAUGGGAUACAUGCGAAUAUCAGUGUGGUGUAACUGUCGAACCUCCUCCAGAGGUCAACUUGUUGAAAAAAGCAUUGUACAAGAACCCGUGGCAUGUCCUAAUUUAUCACUUCAAAGAUAACAAAUGGAGUCACAAGUGUAUGGGCACAAUUAUCAGUACUAACAAGAUCGUCACUGCUCAUAUUUGUUUUCCAAGUGAUACAGACUUAUUAUUUGAUAUCAGAGUGGUAGUGGGUCAGUACAGAGAUUUCCGAGCACCGGAAUCCUCAUCUCGUAUGCUUGAUGUAGAAAAAGUUUCCUACUCAAGGGCGGACGAAUAUAGUUCCAUUGCAAUUAUUACAACUAAAACCAAUAUACAUUAUGAUGACACAGUCGGUGAUGCGUGUUUCAGCCUUGAUCCAAACUUCGAUAUAAGUCAAGCAAGUUUAAAUUGGAAAAUGGCUAUUUUGAAAGUAGAUACUGUCUCUCGAAUAGCUUCUAAAGAAUCUGUACGUAUGUCAUUAAUUUCCAAUUCACAAUGCUUACCUCGUGACAAGCAAUUCAAAGAAAAUCACUUACGUCCUGAUCAGUUCUGUGCAGUUUUUGUUGGGAACGGGAGAUUCAAUGCCACCGACAUUGGAACCGGACUUAUGUUUGCAGUGAAACUUCCGGGUAAUUCUUUGCAGUACUAUUUGCAAGGGAUACUUGACGGUGCAAUUGAUGAUUCUAGAAUACUAACUUUUAUAAACAUGUUUAGGUUUGAAACACAAUUUUUUAUCUACAGUAUAAUUCAUGAUAAUAAGAGCAUGAUUUUUUUUUCAUAGGACUAAAGACUAACGAGUGGAAAAUUUGAUCUUCGAGCCAAAAACCAACAAGUUUUUGAGAAUAAUACCGAUGUUGGAAAACUUAGUCAAUGUCAAAGUUGAUGCUUGAGUGUAGUAUCGAUGUAGUUGACUAUUUUCUGAGAAGCUUGGAAGCUUAACCUUAAAACACGUAUUUGAUAAUAUGAUACUACUUAUUCCCUGAUGUGAUUUUUGUUUUUCCUCUGAGGAUGUAUUAAAGGCAACUCGUUGUUUGAAUCAAUGAUGAAAAAUAUUAAUUUAUUCCAUUCAGAGGUGGCUGAUGUUCAAAUUAGAACUUGUGGGAAUUUUCACUGUUGCUAUGUGCGAAUCAAGCUCAAUUCGUAGUAAAUCGAAAUGAUGUAUUUUUGAACUCUCGUUGUAAAAUAAAUGCUGUUAUAUCUUCUAUAUUUCGUAGUUUUGUCAACAAUAAUACUUUAUAAUUCGUAGAGUUGUAAGCUCUAUUAGCGGUGGCUGAUGUUCAAAACUAAUGGAGUUUUCAAUCGCUUUUGAUAUUACCAAUAUAUCUUCAUACCGUGAUUAUAUAAAUUAGAUAUCAUAUUAUUUAUCACAGUAGAACCUCCAUAAUUUCGCCUCUAUAAUUUGUAGUGCAAGCGCAGUCCUUUGAAAUAAAUUCUAGACCUGGAUUCGCCCACAUCAGUGACAGUGAACAGUGAAAAUAUAAUUUCCAUAAGAUCUAAUGGUAUUAUUCAUACUCAUUCGGCCGGGCUGAGUAGGAAUAGUCAAAUAAGAACUUGUGUGAAUUUCCACUGUUGCAGUGUGCAAAUCAAGCUUAAUUAUAAAUCAAAAAAUGUAUUUUGAAACCCUCAAUAAUCCGUUGUAAAAUUAGACGCUGUCAUAUCUUCAAUUUCUAUUUCGAGGUUCUGUCAAAUUUAUUUCGAAAGAACUUUCCCAUACAACAUGGAAAUUGUAGAUGAUUACUGUUCUAUGCUAUCGCUUAAUAUAAAUUAUUAUACAUUAUAGUUCAAUAGUCUUAGUUAUAGCCAAAUACCAAGAAUAAGGAUUAUUUUCCAUUGAUGAUGUCGUAAUACUGUAAAACCAUUGCAUUACAAUGAAUGUCACGCGAAAUUAUUGUCUAUAGACACAAUAUUCAUUAUAAUCCAAUAAAGGAAAGAUAGCAUAGAAUUCCUUAUGCUAUCGAAGAUGCUUCAUGUCAUCUUUCCUCUGGUAGACUAUAAUUCAGUAUAGUGCAUUGACCUCCUGUGUGAAAAACUUUUCGAAUUUGUAUUCAAGUGUGAGUUGUAAUGUUGUGGUAGCCUACAGUGACAAUGAAUUCCAUGUUGUAGAGUACAAGUUCAAGAAUAGCACGAAAAAAUUGAGAAAUAGCUGCAUUUGAUAAAACUUAAUAAGAAUCAUCAUACAUUUGGAUUCUAGUGAAUAUUAGGUGAAUCUUUCCAUAUUUUUGAACGUUAUCAACUUUAAAAAUUACAUGAUUCCAUUUACAGAUUUGUUCCACUUGAAAUGAUUAAUUUCCUGGGAAGAUUGUUAAAUAUUCUUGUCGUCCUGAGAAUGGAAUUAAUUUGAGUUGAAUACAGUAGCAUGAACACUGUUUUUAAUAUGUACAGAAUAUUGAUACGAAUGAUAAGAAGUGGAAUUAGACAAUCUUCAUUCAACAGGAAGUUGGGAAAAAUAUAUUAUUGAGUUUUUUUCAACACUUACCAACAAUGUUAAAUAUGAUCAAUAUGUACAAUAUAAUAAAUAAUAUCAAUUUUCUAUCUCUCAAA